GGCUGGGCUUCCGCUUUUCCACGGGCCCACGACGCCCGGCGCGCGCGGAUCUUCGAUUGGACGGCCGAAGUGCAUAGCGGACGCGCUCCCGAAAAAAAGAACGACGCAGGCUUGGGCGCGCUCGCCGCCUCGACGUCAGAACGCGUGAUCCUGCAGCGCCCGACAGCGCGCCGGCUUCAGUCGGCUUUUCGGCGACCGAACGGACGUGUCGCGCUCCUUCGGCCACGGAGACGCGAUAGACGCGCCGCGCGCCAAUAAGAGGCGAGGCAUCGUUGCGAGCAGCUUUGAAUCGGCGCGCCCCAUCCAGCAGUCGCCGCAGUCGCCGCAGUCGCCGCAGUCGCGAUGGACACGGAGCAGGCCCGGCUCGGCUGGGCGGACUACACGGUGAUCGCGCUGACGAUGGGCGUCAGCGCGGGCGUCGGCGUGUUCUACCGGUUCUCGGGCGGCCGGCAGCGCACCACUCGGGAGUACUUCUCGGCGGACAACUCGAUGGGCGUGCCGACGGUGGCGGUGGCGCUGAUGGUCUCCUUCAUGUCGGCGAUCACGCUGCUGGGCCUGUCGACGGAGAGCUACACCUACGGCGCCCAGUUCGCCGCCAUCAACCUGGCCUACGUGAUCGGCACGCCCGUGAUCAGCUACUGCUACGCGCCGGUGUUCUUCAACCUGGGCGCCGUGAGCGCCUACGAGUACCUGGAGCGGCGCUUCGGGCGCGCGGCACGCCUGGCCGCCAGCUUCGCCUCCUGGCUGCAGCUGCUGCUCUACUGCGGCGUGGUGCUGUACGCGCCCGCGCUGGCCCUCGAGGCGACCACCGGGCUGCCCGGCGACUGGAGCGUGGUGGCGGUCGGCCUGGUCUGCACCUUCUACUCGUGCGUGGGCGGCAUCAAGGCCGUGCUCGUCACCGACCUCUUCCAGGCCCUGCUCAUGUUCGCCUCGCUGCUGGUCGUGGUGGCGGGCGCCGCGCAGCGCGUGGGCGGCCUCGGCGCCAUCCUGCGCAUCGCCGCCGAGAACGGCCGCGUGCAGUUCGACAGCUUCUCGCCGGACCCGACGGUGCGCCACACCUGGUGGGGCCUGCUGCUCGGCGGCCUGUUCAUCUACGUGUCGGUGUUCGGGGUGAACCAGGUGCAGGUGCAGCGCAUGAUGACGCUGCGCGACGCGGCCGCGGCGCGCCGGGCCUUCCUCCUCAACCUGCCCUUCCUCUGCGGCCUCUCGCUGCUCACCUGCUUCAGCGGCCUCGCCAUCUACAGCUACUACUACGACUGCGACCCGCUGCUCGCCGGCAGGAUCGACACGCCCGACAUGCUCAUGCCGCGCUACGUGAUGGACUCGCUGUCGCACCUGCCCGGCGUGGCGGGCCUCUUCGUCGCCGGCAUACUCAGCGCCAGCCUCAGCACCAUGUCCGCCGGCCUCAACUCGCUCGCGGUGAUCACGCUCGAGGACUACGCCAAGCCGGCCUUCCUGAGCUGCGCGGGCAGGCCGCUGUCGGAGACCCGCUCGCUCGCCCUUGGCAAGCUGCUGACGCUCCUCUACGGGCUCGCCUGCCUCGCGCUCGCCUUCGGGGCCAAGCUGCUGGGCGGCGUGCUCCAGGCGAGCCUCACCAUCUUCGGCGCCGUCGGCGGUCCUCUGCUCGGCGUCUUCACCCUCGGCAUGCUGCUGGAGCGCGCCGACCAGACCGGCGCCGUCGUCGGACUGCUCGCCUCGCUGGCGUUCACGCUCUGGAUGGCGUUCGGCCAGCCCAAGCCCCUGCCGCUCAAGCUGCCGCUGUCCGUCGAGGGCUGCGACGCGCAGUUCCUCGCCCCGGAGGUCCUGCGCGCCGCCUCGCGCCACUCUCCGGUGAACGACGAGGACCAGUCGCAGUACUUCUACCUGUACCGGAUAUCGUACGUCUGGUACGGCGCGAUUGGCUUCGCGGUGACCAUCCUCGUCGGCAUCGUCGUCAGCCUGCUGAGCAGAGCGACGCGCGGAGACGACGUCGACGAGGAAGAGCUGGAUCCGAACUUGUUCUUCCCCAUCGUUGCGAGGCGCAUCCGACGACGAAGGACCCGCCACCUCAAGACGGCGGAGCUCAACGAGCGAAGUCACUGAUCAGCGUUCGUUGCGGUCACUUCUGCCUUUUAUUUUGCCGAUUCGUAUUUACAACAGCUCGACGAUGCGAAUUCCUCGCGGAAAUGAUAUUGAAGAUCGAAACGGAUUUUUCCAAAAGUACCUAUUGCCUUUGACAAUCGUGUUGUUCGUUGAUCAGAAUGAAAAAAAAAGUUAUAUAUAUAUAUCUACGACACUUGUACUCAGCAUAUUGCUAUAAAUACACUUUUUUAAAUCUCACGCAUGCUAUGAGAUGCUUUAUCGCGAGUUUGAUGAAAAUAUAAAUCAUUGUAUCUCAUUGGAAAUUGUCCUGCGUUUCAAAUUUUUAACGGUAUAUCUCGUACUCUCAAUUUGUAAAAUAACAACCGUCUUUCAUCUUUUGCUAAACAUAGACGCUUCAAGAAAGAAAAAGCAUGCCUGCACAUUUAUUGGCUGUAAACAAACUGCACGAAACAAAUAAAAGAAACCGUUUCUUUCACAGCUCACUCGAACUGAAUUCGCUCAUCUUAGUUCAUUUUCUCCUCGACAAAGCAAAUCUUAACCGUCACAUUACAAACUCCAAAUAAAAAAAUAAAUCAGCGAUUGGCAGCACAAGAUAUCCAAAG